AUGGGAGAUUAUCACUUCAUAUACAAGGAUCUUGAUGGAGCUUCCACACAAUGGGACGAUAUUCAAACCAAACUCGGCAAUCUUCCUCCAAAGCCACCCGCUUUUAAACCCCCUUCUUUCACCCCCGCUUCUGAUCCCGAUUCCAUUCCCAAAGAUAAAUCAUGGAUCGAUUCCAAAACCAACGAUGAACUCGAAGACCUCGAAGAUGAUCUCGAUGAUGAUCGUUUCCUCCAAGAGUAUAGGAAGAAGAGGUUAGCUGAGAUACAAGAGGCAGCUAAAGUUUUGAGGUUUGGGUCAGUGACUCCCAUUUCGGGAUCUGAUUUCGUUCGAGAGGUUUCACAAGCUCCGUCUGAUGUUUGGGUGGUUGUCAUUCUUUACAAAGACGGGAUUCCCGAAUGUGGGGUGUUGAUGCAAUGCAUUGAAGAAUUGGCUACAAUGUAUCCUGCAACAAAAUUUGUGAAGAUAAUAUCUACUGAUUGCAUUCCCAACUACCCGGAUAGUAAUCUUCCCACUUUGUUGGUAUACAACAGCGGAGCUGUUAAAGGAAAUUAUGUUGGGAUGAGUAGCUUUGGGCGAAGGUGCACUCCCGAAGGUGUUGCAUUGGUCCUGUGCCAAUCAGAUCCUGUACUUAAUGAUGGCCAUAGCAGAGAUGAGGAAUCAAGACAAGCUGUCAUCGAUGGAGUUCGCAAGAGGUUUAUAGAGAAAAUCGUCGCUGAUCACGAAGAGAAGGACGAUGAUUCGUCAAGUGAUUAG